AUGGAAACUCCGUGUGCUGAACACGGAUCCCUUCGCAGCGAAUGCCGCUGUGGUGUUUACAGCUUACACAAGUUCCCCUGUGAUCCCGAUCUUCGGCUGCAGUGGACGGCAUCGAUUCGAAGGAAGGACUUCGUCGUGACGAAGAAUUCAAGGGUAUGCUCCGUGCAUUUCGUCGAUGGCCGGCCCACAAAGCUCAAUCCAACGCCUAUGCUGUCCAUGGGAUACCAGAAAAAGGUUACGCAGGGUCGAAGGGAGAUAACGAAGCACCCAUUGCCAAGCUCUUCAAGGUGCGUGGAUGGAGAAAAUGACAGCAUCGUUGAAGUAGGCACAAGUGACACCGAAUACAAACAGCCUGAAGCAAUGCAGCUCGGUGAAGAAACGAACGUGAAGCUCAGUAUCAUCACGUUAGUGGAAGCAGCACACAACCUGGAGAAGUUUCGCGCUCCUGCAUCGCAGUGCCUUGCUACAACGGUGCCAGUAGCACAAGACACACCUCUGGCAUCGAACAAAGCUGUGCAGACAAUGGACCCAAUGGACUCUGUUCGAAUAGAUCAUUCGUAUCACAAGAAAGGCAUCGAGAUGACCUCAGUUGAAACUCAAACCGUGGCAUCAUCCGUGUCUGUUUACCAAGGACUAACAGAGUCUGACUGUCACUUCUACACGGGCAUCAGUUUGGAGGCUUUUACAAACCUUGUGACAGCAGUGGAAUCUUUACAUCAUCCGCCAUGCUCAAUGUGCACUGCAGAUCAGGUGCUGCUGACCCUCAUGAGGCUACGCCUUGGCCUCCUAUAUGAUGACUUGACACGGCGUUUCAGCAUUUCCCGACCUCAGUGUGGAAAGAUAUUCCGCUACAUGGUUGUUGUUCUUGGUCGGAUCCUCAGCGAGGUCAUUGUGUGGUUACCGAGAGAGACCAUACAAGCAAACAUGCCUGUUCAAUUCAUUGAAGGCGGCUACCAGGGCACUACAUGCAUUAUUGAUUGUAGCGAGGUCUACAUGCAGAGACCGAAAGUUUUAUAUUCUAGAGGACAGACAUUCAGUCAUUAUAAGCAUUGCAAUACCAUGAAGUUCCUAAUUGCUGUUGCACCAGACGGAUACAUAAUGUUUGUGUCAGGGGCCUAUGGAGGGCGUGCAUCCGACAAAUUUAUUGUUGAGGAUUCUGACUUUUGUGCCUACUUGUCGCCCUAUGACGAGAUCAUGGCUGACAGGGGAUUUGGCUUAACGGAAGACAUGAAAGUCAAGGGAGUGAAGUUGAACGUUCCAGCAUUUUGUCGUGGAAAGAGCCAAUUCUCUGAAGAGGAGGCGACACGAUCUCGACGGAUUUCGACGUUGAGGAUUCAUGUGGAACGGGCCAUAAAUCGCAUCAAAACAUACAGAAUCUUUAAGCAGCCCUUACCGAUACACCACAAGAAGCUGAUGAACAGCAUUCUCAUGGCAUGUGCAGGACUUUGCAACCUCAAGGGGCCUUUAAUCGCUGACCGGCAUGCACCUGAAGAGGAAGAAGAAAGAAGUGGGGACGAGCUUGAGGAGGACAUGUGUUUAUUCUAA